CGGGACACCCCUGGGCAGUGGCAGCCCCCCAGAUAGGAGCACCCCCAUGGAUGUGGACGUCACCCCGGCACUUAACAUCAGCCUGGCCAGUGACGUCUCCAUGGAGGAGGACGCCCCCCGCGGCUGCGACCUCUCGCUGGCCAGCGAUGUCUCCAUGGAGGAGGACCCCGCCCGCGGCUGCGACCUCUCGCUGGCCAGCGACGUCCCCAUGGAGGAGGACACCUCCCCGCCCAGGCACACCACCGCCAGCCAUUCAGCCGCACUCCAGGUCCAAGCCAUCAGGGACCCGGGGGCGACUCCAGCCAGCCGCGCUCUGCUGCGGGGGAAGGUCCUGCCGAAGGGGACUCAGGGGCACUUGGGUUGCUCCCCGGGGGCUGCAGGGACCAGCCAGGAUCAUGGCAGCAGCGUCCCCGUGCCCACAGACCGUGGGGGCACCAGCAGCACCAGCGGCACCAGCCCCCAGCACAAGAUCCCCUCGCUCUGCCCGCCGAAGAAGAUGCCCCAAAAUGCCUGCGGUGUCCCCAAGCCUUCCCAAGCCGUCCUGAGCACGGGGCACCGCCACGCCAUCGGCACGAAGCCUCAGGACUCCCAGCAGCACGUGGGGACAGACCUGCCACCACCGCAGAGCAGCGUCCCCCCACACGACACCAAGCUGGAAAGGCGGGGGACGAAGAGGAAGAGGGGCUCGGAGCCGGGGGCUGCCAGCAAGAUCAAGGCUCCCGCAGCCGGGGCUGGGGCAGAAAGACUGGCUUAGGCCUCUUAAAGGGAUAGAUCGUUUGGGGAUCUAUCCCAGUUUGAGGGAUAGGUCGUUUGGGGACCUAUCCCAGCUUGAGGCAUAGAUCGUUUGGGGAUCUAUGCCAGGGGGAGGGAUAGAUCGU